CAAUAGUGCAGUAUGUGGAACGAUACUUAUGAAAUAGACUUCUGGGAUUACUUCGACGCGACGGAGCCGAGCGAGGCUUCGGCGGCGUCCGUCCCGGCGCCGGACCAGGGCUUCGUGCUGGUGCUGUACAGCGUGCUGCUCGGCACGGGGGCCGUUGGCAACGUGGCCGUGUUCGCUUCGUUGCUGCGCUCUCGACGCCGCAAGUCGCGUGUCAACCUGCUCAUGACGCACCUGGCUGUUGCUGACCUUAUCGUUAUCUGCGUUAUUAUACCGCUUGAGAUCGGGUGGCGAACUACCAAUGCAUGGAUGGCUGGUAACCUGGCCUGCAAGUUCUUUCUCGUGCUGCGGGCCUUCGGGCUAUACCUCUCCUCGAACAUACUCGUCUGUAUAUCGCUUGACCGGUUUUUUGCAGUCCUGUAUCCAUUGAGGUUGGCGGUCGCCAGGUCACGAAGUAAAACAAUGCUGUGUUUCGCGUGGUUCAUCGCCUUAUUCUGCAGCUUACCACAGAGUCUCGUGUUCCGCGUGCUCCGUCACCCGGAGGUGCCCGAGUUCCAGCAGUGUGUGGCGUUCGACGCGUUCCCGAGCCACCGGCAAGAACUCGCCUAUAACGUGUUCUGUCUCUGCGCCAUGUACUUCCUGCCGCUGCUCAUCAUCACAGUCUGCUAUGGGUGCAUCUUCUACGAGAUAUCUAAGAAUUCCAAGGAGAUAUCAGAUAAAAACGUGUCCGACCACAGUCGCAUCCAACUGCGUCGUUCGGAUCGGCGGCCGCUGGCGCGAGCGCGGCGGCGAACGUUGCGCAUGACAGUCACCAUCGUGGCCGUGUUCGCGUGCUGCUGGAUGCCCUACGCCACCAUGACUUUAUGGUACAUGGUGGACCGGCAGUCGGCCAAGCACGUCUCGGCGCGGCUACAGGACCUAUUCUUCGUCAUGGCAGUGUCCAACUCGUGCAUGGACCCCCUCGUCUACGGGACCUACGCGUUGAACCUAAAGGCCAUCUUCACAAAGACGUUUAAGAAAAUCUUCUGCAUACAUGCUACUAGCAAUGAGAUCACACGAAUAUCAGCGCACGCAACUCUCAAGACUAAGCUGCCAACCAACGACUUACAUCCUGCUCCAGUACAAUGCAGCAGUGUGCGCCGGCACAGGGUCCGCUUCCAGGAGACCUCACUCGGAGGCCCCAGCGUCACGUCGGACCCCGUGCGCUGCUGGCGCGACCACUCUGACGAGGACCAGAAAAUCAAACCCUCGAGAAGCUGCGAGGUGUUCACAUUGCAAACGCCAAGGGACUAUUAUUAAAUGUGCCAAUUCUCCUAAAAUUCUAAACAAGACUGAA